CCCAAACAUUUUGGAUUUAAGAGAAACUAACCACCAACUAAAGAGUAAAGAGAGAAAAAAAGGAGGAGGCUAGAGAGAGAGAGAGAGAGAGAGAGAGCAACAACGGGUUAUAUAACCUCGUCAUCCCGCGCCGUUACUGGACGCGCUGUGGAUUAGGUUUCUAGGGUUUGUAUUUAGUCCAUGGCUAUGGCAUGACCGAUCCAUUUCUUAGCGAUUCCAUCAAUUCCAUCUUCGUUCUCCUCACUCUUCUCCUAGCACUUUCCCCGACGGCGAUUCUUUGCGAAUCGUCUCGAUCAGGUAAAAAAAGAAACGCCGUUCUUCUCCUCUUCCCGAAAAGCGCUCGAUUUGUUUAGUGCCGGAGCUGUUUCUAGUGCGCUCUCUCGUUUGUUGUUGCCCAUCGUCGUGAGAUUCCGAAUAAGCUUUUUGGCGAUUCGGGGUGUUAAUUGUGCUAUGGUGUAUUUCAAUUCGUGUUUUGUAUUACUUUCGUGCAUUUCUCCUCCGACUUGUCGUUUGAGAGAAACUAGAUCUUUUUUGUUGAGUAAUUUUUCUUCAUUUGGUUUCCUUUUCCUUUUUAUCUCGAUUGUUCUAGUGGGUCCUGGGUUGUAUCAACGACUGAGAUGUGUCUCUAGUUAAGCUUCGUUAUCAUCUAUGGAUGAUUCUUCCCAAUCUGCAAAAGUAUUUAAUCUCCUUCUGUGCUUUCUCUUCGGUCUUGAUCUUAUCUUAAUAGCUUUUGUAUCUUUGAAAUUAAUAAGUUUUAUGCCUACAGAAGCUGGUUUUCAAUGUUUAAUUGCAUGUUGAUUACUGAGUGUAUGGAUUAUGCUGCAAUGUAUUUGCUUUGGCUGAUUCUGGUGUUAGCGAGGUAGUGUUUCUAAGCAAUUUUGCCAUUCCUUACUUUGCCCACCAAAUCCUUAAUGGAUUUGAUUAUGUUUAUGUGAUAUAUCGUUUAAUGAUAUGUCAACUGUGUUUUGAAUCCUCUAUUGCCUGAAAUCUUGGUUACCUUUUGUGUUAGGUCACUUCUCUGCCCUAGUAUUACUAGCUUUGACAAGAAUGGUGUUUGCACAAGGUUAAGUUUUUGGUGUUUGCUGAUCUGAAUUUCAUCUACUUCCGUCAUUGUCCUUCAGCUAUGCCUUGCAUGCUCGGACGUGUCACAAUUUUGUAUACUGUUGAAUGUUUGGAAAAAUGACAUCGGUGUGCAUUGUGCAAGUGUAUAGUUGUCCCUGUAAGUUCUUAAACUGUGAUCCAUUGUUUGAUUCAGUGGUAACAGCAUUGUGAUGAAAAGUUCAAGGCACUCUAUGGUUGAAGUUCUGACAGCUACUUCUUCAUACUAAAUGCUGGAGAUUGUACUCUGAUGCAAGACUACCAUAUUGGAGUGUUCACUUAGUUGGAAUCUGUACUUGGGCAUGGUUUUUAUUGUUAUUAUUAAUAUGUAUAUGAAAGUGCAAUUACCUAUCAUUCUCUUGUUUUUCUUAAACCGAUAUGAACUUUGUCCGGCUGAAGGAUAUUGAAGCAAUAGGAGAAGUUUUCUUUGGGAAGAAUUAAUCUCUCACACCGCCCCUGCAUCUGCAUGCUUAAGCUGGCUAUAUAACACAAUAGUGCGUUCAAUUGGUUUUUAUGAUUCAAGUGGAAAGCCAAGUGUUUUUUACUGCCCUUCGUUGAGCCCAGAGCGUAGAGCAGACUUCUUGAAAGAAUCAUGAGUGAAAGAGAAACAAUUUGAUGGUUGCGAUAUGGUUUGGUUAAUAAUGAGAAUUGGGCUGCUUUUAGUUGCCAAUAAUGAAAAGCAAAUAUGAGAUGUAACUGAAGGGUUAAUCAGAAUCAAGAUGUUUCAGUGAGAUUCCGCUAAAAUGAACCAACUACUGUUCAAUGAGUAAAAUUCAAUGUAUAUAAGGGAUGUGGCUACCAGCAAAUACUGGUCAGAGGAAUCCGUAUUUUGUUUGACCACCUUGUUCUGCUUUGCUUAUAUGGCUAUGAUGGCCUUGAUCCAGUUUGUAUAGCUGAUUGUUGAUCUUUAUUUUACAUUUCAGGUGUCCUGCAGUAUUUUCUGAUUCUGGGUUAGAAUGUCCAAUGAUCUUGUUUCACAGCAGCUACCAAUUCGGAGCAUACAAAUGAGUCAACAGCUGGAACACAUUUCAGGCAAGUUGAACCCUUCAACACAGAUGGGUUUUGGAUCAGGCGCUUCCUUGCACGAUUCUUCAAUGCAACAAGUAUCUGUUCCCAUCAUACAAAUGGGAACGGUGGGCUCACAUCCCAGUGAUGCAGCUUCACAGCAGACAUCGGCCUCCAUAGGAGUUGGAACCACUGUAUUUAGCAACAACAAACAAGAGACUGCACAGAUUGAUCCUUUUUCCUAUAAUAUGGCAUCUGGGAACUUCCUGAUGCCUGAUAAGAAGCCCAAUGCCAUGGGGUCCAUUUUGCAGGAUAUGGAACCACAGCAGUUAGCAACAUCAAACAAGAGAAAGGCACCAAUGGGGGCUGCUGUACCUCAGAACCCUGUGCCCCAGAGAUAUAUAGCUCCCAAGCGGUUUACUCUAAAUGAACAUAGGCCAUGGCUGCAGCCAACAAUGCCUAUAACAAAUAAACCACCUGCCCAGAUGCAGUCUCCGUCUUACACCCCGUCAUCCCAGCCACUACAAGGGCCUCCUAGAAAGACUGCUCCUAUUAAAACUGGAGCACAAAGUACUACAUCUGUGCAGAGAAGUCAACCUGGUCCAAUUAAACCCCCGCCGAAAGUGAAGAGUGAUUCGUUUGCUUCUGUUAGGUCCAAGUUGAGAGAGUCAUUAGCAGCUGCACUUGCUCUGGUGCAAGACAAGGCCAUUGGUGGUGGGAAAGACAAGAGUCAAGCAGCAGGUUCGUCGCCGGAACCACCUUCCAGUGCUAAUGGUACCAAUCUAUCUUCAGAACCAAGGGUUUCUUCGUCAGAGAACACUAAUGCCCAUAACAUAAAGCAAGAUGCUGAUUUAGUACAGAACUCACUGACUGGUUUGCAGGAGCAGCAAUCAGGGAAUACGGUUAGCAUUGAGGAUAUUCCAUUUAGUGACAACUUUUUUGUGAAAGAUGACCUUCUUCAGGGUAAUGGACUCUCAUGGGUGCUAGAUUCUGAAAUGGAGUUGAUAGAUGAAACCAACAUUGGCCGAAACUCGCCAGAUCAAGAUAGUGCUUCUAAGCAGGUUCAGAACCCUGAAAUUUUGGCAUCUGAGGUGGAAGCUGAACUCUUCAAGUUGUUUGGAGGAGUGAACAAAAAGUACAAAGAGAAAGGCAGGUCUCUUUUGUUCAACUUAAAGGAUCGUAAUAACCCAGAAUUGAGAGAAAGAGUUAUGUCUGGAGAAAUCUCACCAGAAAGGUUAUGCUCCAUGACUGCUGAGGAACUUGCAUCAAAGGAGCUUUCUGAAUGGCGUAUGGCCAAAGCAGAAGAGCUUGCACAGAUGGUUGUUUUACCAGAUUCAGAGGUUGAUAUCAGAAAGCUUGUGAGGAAAACACAUAAAGGUGAAUUCCAAGUUGAGGUUGAACAUGAUAUGGAUGUCGUCUCAGCAGAGGUUGCUGUUGGGACAAGUUUCAUCAGUCAGCCGCAGCAGCAAGCCAAAUUGAAAGAAAAAGAACAGUUUCCUACACCGAACGGUGAGAAAACAAAUGACCGGGGAAAAACCCGAGAGGGCGAGGAUGCUUCUUACACCCUCACUAUUUCUUCUACUACUGAAGGAUCUGAUUUCAUGCAAGGACUGAUGGUGGAUGAUGAGCUCAAAGAUGCUGCAUUUCUUCCUCCUAUUGUUUCCCUCGAUGAAUUUAUGGAAUCACUUGACACAGAGCCACCAUUCCAAAGCUUGCCAGAGGAUGCUGGGAAAGCAACAACCCCAGAAAAGGAUGAUGGUUCACAGGUUGGCUCGGAGUCCAAGUCUCCUGUCGCCACUCCAGAAGAUCCCGCUGGGAGUUCUUCUGGCAAGGCCAGAACUGAUGUGAUGAAUGUGAGGGCAGAUGCUGCUGACGAAUCCAGCAAGGAAGAUCAUGUGAAAUCAGAUGCCGUCUCCCCUCCUGUUGUUCUUGAUGUGAUUAAAGGGGAACGAGUAUGGGAAGGCUCAGUGCAGCUUAAUGUUUCAGUUAUGGUGUCAUUCGUAGGCAUCUUUAAAAGCGGGGAGAAAACACCAUCGAAGGAUUGGCCUACCUAUAUCGAGAUAAAGGGGAGAGUGAAGCUUGAAGCAUUUGAGAAGUUCCUGCAAGAGCUCCCAAUGUCCAGAAGUCGUGCUGUUAUGGCGGUUCACUUUGUGUGCAAGGAAGGAUCGACUGAAAGUGACAAGGCAAACGUGGUAGAGGUGGCAGAGUCUUAUGUAGGAGACGAACGAGUAGGUUUCGCGGAGCCGGUUUCUGGAGUUGAGCUCUACUUAUGCCCACCUCACUCAAGGAUAUGCGGCCUGCUGAGCAAGGUGCUCCCGCAGGACCAAAUGGACGCCCUUAAUCUCCUUGCCAACGGACUAAUUGGUGUCGUUGUAUGGAGAAAACCUCAAAUAAUAUCUCCCCACCAUAAGCAUAGUAGCAAAGACGCUUCCAAGAAGCAGCAGCACUCUUCGUCGAAAAACCGGAACCCAAAACAUCAACACUCUGCCCUUCCACCCCCUCCUCCACCACCCAUUCGUUCCAGGCCGCCACCGGUUAAUGUUGUUGAUGAUGAUGACGACGACGAUGUGCCUCCUGGGUUUGGUCCGCCGGUGGCUGGUGGAUCAUCCCGGGACGAGGAUGACUUGCCUGAGUUUAAUUUCAAUAGUAAUGCUGCAAAUAGGCCGCCGCCGGGUUUCCCCGGUGGUGUUCGGAGUUUUCAGUCGUCAAACUCCCCUCGUGGUCCUGUUGUCGACCAAAUGAGAGAACUUAUACAUAGAUAUGGGCAGCCCGGUGUGGGUUCCUCGCCCUUGAAAAACUGGACAGAUAAUAGGGUUCCUGUACAACCAUGGAAAGACGACGAUGACGACGAUAUGCCAGAGUGGCGGCCGGAUGAUGCCCAGCACCAUUUAGCUCGGCGGCAGCCGACUGCGGUACACGGCAGCAGUAUGAUUCAGCAGCCAGUUCCUCAGGUGAUGAACCCUAUUGUGCAUCAUCAGACCAGUGCACUGCCACCUCCACCGCCGCCGCCAGGGUGGCACCAGCAGCAGCAACAAGGCGGUGGGUGGGCUGAUCAAGCCGUGGGCCCUCAGGGCGUGUACCAGCAGCAGCAACAACCUAAUGGAGGACAGUUUUAUGACGGGCAGCAAUGGUCAAGAGAUGCCCCUAAAAGUAGAGGCUUUUAGCUUUCCCUUCAUUUUGUAAAUAAAUUUGUUUCUUUCUUCUUUUAGAUAAGGUUUAGGAGAUGACAGAUACCCUUUUUAGCUUCACUUGCUCGUUUCUUUUCAUGGUUCUUUCGUUCUCUGAACGUGUUGUGGGCUUGUGGCAGUCACGCCUGUAGCUCAACAUAGCGUCUUCCUUCUUUUUUGUGGCUAUUCUCAGUAGUUAAUAUGCACAACUUAGAAAGGGUAGAAUAAUCGUUGUAUUCAUUG